AUGACACGGUUCAUACGUAAGUACAUCAACGCUUGCUUACAAUGCGCCUUCGGUAAGGGCAACCAUGGCAAACUAGAGGGUGAACUACACCCGAUAGACAAAGCAGCUUGUCCCAUGCAUACCAUACACGCAGAUCAUCUGGGUCCUUUCAUAAAAACUCGUAAAGGUAAUACUUAUAUUCUUGUCGUUAUUGAUGCAUUUACCAAGUUUGUUUUCGCAAGGGCAGCUAAGAACUGCAGCUCCAUAGAGACCAUAAGGCUGCUGAAAGACAUACUAUCCCAAUUCGGUAAUCCAAAAAGAAUUAUUACAGACAGAGGCAAGGCAUUUACUAGCCGCUAUUUUAAACUUUUCUCCAUUGAGUUACAAUUUAAACACAUUUUAAAUGCUAUAGCAUGCCCUCGUUCCAAUGGUCAAGUGGAGCGUGUAAACCGUACUUUACUAAAUGGCUUAAAUACAAUUUCUGACAGUGAAUGUACAUGGGAUAACAAAUUGUCAGAUGUAGUCUGGGAAAUUAAUAAUACCCCUAAUUCUACUACGGGACAUACACCUUUUAGUUUAAUGUUUGGCCACGACAAUUCACGUUUCCCAUGUUUUCCUAAAGAAUUUCCCCAAGAUUAUGAUUCUCAACAACAAAACUUACAAACUAGAAGAAAAGAUGCUAAAUUUCGUAUUGACAGGAAUAUGACCUUAAUGAAAAGUAGAUUUGAUCGUAAGCACAAAAAAUGCCGAAAGUAUAAAAUAGGAGAUUUGGUUUUAUGGAAAGGGGGUGUGUCUAGAGAUACAACUGCUAAAGUCACCAAAAAGCUUAAUAGUUCAUACACAGGUCCAUAUAAAGUUUGUAGGGCCGAGCAAUCACUCGAUCUCGUUAUAAAAUAA